AUGUCCUUUGAGAGGUUGGAGUCUAUGGAUGCAACUAGACUGGAUGAGCCGUUUUCGGAGCAGGAGGUGCUAGAAGCUCUUAAGGGAUUUUGUGGGGACAAAGCGCUUGAGCCUGAUGUUAUAGACUCGAUAUUGAAGAGCAAUGAAGGGGCGGUGAUGUGUAAGUUGGAUAUAGAAAAUGCGUAUGAUCAUGUGGACUGGUCCAUCUUGUUUUCGGUCAUGAGUAUGAUGGGUUUUGGGGAGAAAUGGAUCCGGUGGAUGCAGUGGUGUAUUUCCACAGCCAACUUUUAUGUUCUGGUUAAUGGGUCUUCUUCAGGUUUCUUCCAAAGUUCUAGGGGUUUAAGGUGUGCAGUAAAUAAGGGUUUUUUGUUAGCCUUUAAGGUGAGGAGUAGAGGAAGUGAGGGGGUUCAGGUGUCUCACUUACUUUUCGCUGAUGAUACUUUGGUUUUCUAUGGAGCUUCUAAGGAUCAAUUGUUGUAUUUAAGUUGGAUUUUAAUGUGGUUUGAGGCCAUGUUGGGGUUGAGAAUUAAUCUGGAUAAAAGUGAGUUAAUAUCAAUGGGUGGUGUGGAAAACGCGGAGGCUUUGGCCACAAAUCUUGGGUGUAAGGUUGGAAGUCUUCCGUCCACUUAUUUGGGAUUGUCAUUAGGUGCGCCUCAUAGAUCUGUGGCUGUUUGGGAUGGAGUGGAGGAUGCAGAAGAAAUUGGCUAG